UUUCCCCCUCUCAAUCGUGACGGCAUGGGCUGGGACGGGCAUUGGCAAUAUCUUCUUACAACUCUCUCCCACGCCACGCCUGCAGAAUGCUGCCAGGCUGUCUUCCUUCUUUCGGCCGCAGGUGUGCUUGCAGUGGCGGUGUUGCCGCAUGAUGCGAAAACCCUCCUCGUUGAUUACGGCGCUCGCAAGGCCCGGAAGCCCUCAGCGGAUGGGCGUCCCCAGGAAGUUCCGAACCGCGGCUGGCUACUCUCGCUCAUUGACACCGUCACAUGUUGGUCGCAGGUGCCGCAUUCAUGGUUCAGCUCUUUCUAUGUCGUGUCUCUGGCAUGUUCCGUAUUCUGGCUUGUUCAGUACCUCUGUGAUGGGGCAGUAUUACGUUGUGUGGCGGACAGCCAAGCUGCCGCAAGUCAGCGGUCUGCCACGUUGGGACAAGUGGCACUAGGCUGGUUCAUGAUGUUCCUGCAAAGCGCCAGACGAGAAUUUGAGCAUUGGACCAUCAUUAAACCGUCCAAAUCGACUAUGUGGGUCGUGCACUGGUUGCUGGGCUUUCUCUUCUACUUCACCAUCAACCUAUCGGUCUGGGUGGAGGGAUCUCACGAUGCGCAGUCCCUCUUGAAGAUGGCCGCGGCAACCCCGGUGUUCCUGUUCGCUUGGAUCAACCAGUAUUGGUGUCACAAGCACCUUGCCGAACUGAAGAAGUAUUCGUUACCGACCGCUGGCAUGUUCCGACACUACAUCUGUCCGCAUUAUACUUGCGAGUGUCUUCUCUACCUUUCCAUAGCCAUCGCGACGGCCCCUCGCGGUGUGUGGUUGAACAGGACGAUGGUGUGCGCCCUCUUGUUCGUGGCAACCAACCUCGGAGUAACCGCAGCGGGAACCCGCAAAUGGUACGGCGAAACGUUCGGCAUCGGCUCUGUCGCAAACAAGUGGAAUAUGAUCCCAUUCAUCUUCUAGACGACGGCGUUCCUGCUCAGUCUUUCUUGGGACAUUAUUCACGCGCGCUUGAACAUCGGCCCGAGCUUGUUGCCCAGUUUGGAGACCUUCAGCACAUCGCGGUAUGUGAGACUGAUGCGCGUCUGCCGCUGGUUGACACCAUUCUCAAAGAGAGAUGGCGAGCGUAGAAGGCUCCAAUUCGCGAUGGUUUUCCCCGAAAUGUCUACGUCGGUGGAUAUCGGCUCGAUGCCGUGGAGAUACUCGGAAUAGACAUCUGCCGUCGUGAUC